UACAGGUUGUUUAUUAUUAAACAAGGACACACGACGUCGACACACGCGUCUCUCGGCUGGCUUCAUCUACGGAACAUGAAACGAUGCCAUGAUUUCACGGAACCGUGCCCACAUCAUAAGACUCGCGCCGCGUUUCUAGCAGUCUAGAGAUAACGGCGAAUUCGUAGAAUACACAACGAUACACAACGAUACUGAGUGUUGAAACAAACAAAAAACAGAAACAGAGUAUGAUAAGAUGGAAAUGUAUUCUGUGCUCAAGCAACGUGGUCGUCCUUAAAUCCACGUUACAAGAAGUCCCAGGCAAAAUCAUUGUUGAAUAAACCAUCUGCCUUGUUGUGGGCCGUUGUGUACGGAGAUUUUUUUUUCCAAACAACGGGAUGAUUAUUCAUUCAACCAGAUAGCUUAACGAAUUGCAAAUGGUGAUCGCAUAAUCCGCAGUAUGUUGUAUGUAGGUGUUGGUGUGUUGUGUGUUCACACUGCGUAAACUGUCGCGUUUCUGUGUCGUAUUGUAUGGUGUUUAGGUAUCCUUGUUAUUAUUUCUGUUAAAUACGUCAAAUGUACUGUGAUUUCUGGAUAUAUGGAACAAUGCUGAACUGUCACGCUGAUGUGUUUGCGGUUAUGUGAUCUGUAUUUUUAUGUUUUUUUACAAUUUAAUUACAUAUAAUGUACUGUAAUUUCCGGAUGUAAAAGCCAUACUGCAUGUGUGUGAACUAUUCUGCUGGUAUAUAUAUAUAUUUUUAAUCUAUAAUACGUCCAGUGUACUGUGAUUACUGUGUGUGGAAAUAUGGUGCUAAUAUUUCACAAUCAUUCUCUUCACUUCAAACACCAGAUUUCAUACCUGGACAUCCAGAAACAGACUGAACGACUGGCAAUUGAGAGGCGGAAAUGUGAACAGGAAAUGGCGAGCACACCGUACACAAUAACAGGUGUGUUCUGUAACCGUACGUGGGAUAACGUGAUGUGCUGGCCAGACACGCCGGCUGGAGAAGUGGCCUAUCAGAACUGUCCGGACUACAUCAACGGCUUUGAUCACGCAGAGUCUGCCACAAAACAGUGCCUGUUAAGCGGAGACUGGACGACUUCCAACGUCACGGAGCUUGCGUGGACGAACUACACGCUGUGUAUCAAGGGAACGAAACAACCAAUAUCGCCAAUCAUUAGGGAGAACAUGCCGCGGGUCCAGUUGAUGUACACCAUCGGCUACUCACUCUCUCUGACGGCGCUCAUCCUGGCCGUCGCCAUCGUACUCUACUUCAGACGUCUGCGCUGUCCACGGAACAUGAUCCACCUGAACCUGUUUAUCGCCUACAUGCUGCGAGCUGUCAUCUCCCUCAUGAAAGAGAUCCUCCUAGUCAACGACUUGGGCUUCGAUAGUGACGUCACACACGCUUCCGACGGAAGCAUGGUAUUCAAUAAAGAAGGUCUGCACUGGGAGUGUAGGAUGUUCUUCACGAUGUUUAACUACGUCAUCAUGGUGAGCGUCAUUUGGAUCUUCAACGAGGGGCUCUAUCUCAUGAUCGUCGUCACCCUGUCCGUCUUUGCCGAGAAGAUCAAGGUCCGAUGGUUCGUUUUGAUCGGUUGGGGAAUGCCAUUGUUGUUUGUUAUUCCAUGGGCGUUGUCGAGACAUUUUUUAGACAAUUCAUAUUGCUGGAAUGUUCACGCUAACGAAGCAUUGUACUGGAUCAUCCGCGGGCCUAUAGUGGUCUCCGUUUUGAUAAAUUUUCUAUUUUUUAUCAACAUUAUUCGUGUCUUGAUUACAAAAUUGACAGCUUCAAAUUGCCCCGAAUCCAGAAAAUUCAGGUAUUGGCGUCUAGCGAAAUCCACCCUGAUUCUUAUCCCACUGUUCGCCGUUUACUACAUGGGCUUCAUCUGGCUUCCCAAGAUGUCUGACAUUGGAGAACUCGUUAAAAUGUACAUAGAACUAGUGUUCAACUCAUUUCAGGGGCUCCUCGUGGCAUUUUUGUUCUGUUUCUUGAAUAAUGAGGUGCAGGCGGAAAUAAAGAAGAGGUGGAAAAGAAUCAUGUUGCAGCGAGAAGGGGCUUCUCCUCAUGGACAGUCCACCCACUCGUUUUUUAACAACGUCAGCUUGCAUCAUAACCGCGACAUCACACAGCAACGAUCCCACCAUGCGCCAUUAACAUAUUCAGAUGUCGAUGACCAGCCAAUAAAAAAUCAGAAUGGUCACCUUCCGGCGGAAACAGAAGAAUACGUGCCUUUGCGUGAACAGACGUCUACAUUUCACGACGGCCAAAAUGGCCAGGAAGCGAGCUCAAGACCAUUAAAUGGGGAAAGAACGCAAAAAGGAUAUUUAACCUAUCAUUCCUCCAGAUAGUGGAGAUGUGGCCCAAUGAAGAUGAUUAUGGGCAAAAAUAUGAGUAAAUUUUAAAAGGAAAA